UAACAUAUAAAAUAGAAAAGUGUAUGUCUGGAUUAAUAAAAUUUAUUUAAGUAUUUGUACCAAUUUAAUUAUAUAUGUAAUAGCUACCAAAUUUUUAAUUAUUCAAUAUAUAUUUAUUAUUUCAUAAUAUGUAAAAAAAUAUAUAAUACUUAAAAAUAAUUUAUAUAUGUCUUAACCUAGUCUUCUAUAUAUUUGACCAAAAAUUUUGGGUCAUUUUUCCAAGUCACCCUGCAAUUAAUAACAAUAUAUCUCAAUGAAAUUAAUAAAAAUAUAUCAUAAUCUUCUUAAACACAAGAUUCAUUUCCUUACCAAUCUAAAUUAUAAUGGUAUUAUCCCAUUUAAAAAAAAAAAACUAUAGGUAAUUUUGUGAGAGACUAAGAAUGAGAUAUUGUUUUAUAAUACUAGCCAAAAUCAUUCUGUGUAACUAGUAUUGUGUUUAAAAUUAAAGUUCAUUACAAAAUUAAAAAAUGGAUAACUCCUUGUAUAUAAAAUACGUAUAGAAAUCUAGAUUUACUAAAAAAAGCAGUAACAGAUUUUCUUUAAAAAAAAUGAAAACACUAAUCAGUCAAAUUUCCUCCUGAAAUAAGUGGCCAUAAAAUGAAAUAGAUAUCAAUUCAUAAUCAAAUACAUAAAUCUGGAUAACAUAUAUGUAAUACAGACAUGUAUAUAUAUAUUCACACUUCACCUAUUGAGAACUCAAAUUGGCAAAUAAACGUCUGAAUAAUGGCUACCCUUGGCUUGAUCCUCUAUCUUUCCUCGGUUCUUCUCAUGAGCCUUUGUCAGCUUCCUACAGCUAUUGAGGAUGAUAGAAAGGCAAGCAAUUGCUGUUAUAUUACGGAGGCAGUGAAGGAGUAGGGGGGUCAACUGACCCCUAUCAAUUUUUAAAUUUUGUUUAAAUUAAGCCUAUAACUUUAGAAUAUAUUGAAUAAGUGGAUCAUUUUUAAGGAUUUGACCCCCUUGUUUCUUUAAGAAAUCUCUAAUAAAUUUCUACACAUAUGAUUUUGACCCCAUUGAUUUUUGUUUCUACCUCCGCCAUGUCUCGUUACCAUAUUUUUAAAUAUCUAUGUUUUUUUUUAUUAGCCUAUUCAUCGUUAUAGCAUUUUGUUUGACGCAGGUAUAUAUUGUUUACAUGGGAGCUCUUCCUUCAAAAGCUUCUUACACUCCUAUGUCUCACCAUCAUAAUAUCCUUCAAGAAGUUGUCAAAUCAAGGUUUAAGACUCUGUCAGCCUUAUCAUUUAUUGUAUACGUCAUCGUUUAUCACUUGUCUUUAUUUUCUCUUUUGUUCUGCAGUUCCGUAGAAGAUUCUUUGGUCAGAAGUUAUGGAAGAAGUUUCAACGGUUUUACAGCCAAACUCACUGAAUCUGAAAGAGACAACCUUUCUGGCAUGGAAGGUGUGGUUUCGGUAUUCCCAAGCACCUUUUAUAAGCUUGUUACGACAAGGUCUUACGAGUUCAUGGGACUUGGUGACAAGAGCAAGCAAGUUCCUGAGGUGGAGACCAAUACAAUAGUUGGUGUAAUAGACGGAGGAAUAUGGCCUGAAUCCAAGAGCUUUUCAGACGAAGGCAUUGGCCCUAUACCAAAAAAAUGGAAAGGAACUUGCGCUGGAGGAACUAACUUCACAUGCAACAAAAAGUUGAUUGGAGCACGACACUAUGUACAAGACUCGGCGAGAGAUGAUGAUGGUCACGGGUCACACACGGCUUCAACAGCAGCUGGAAACAAAGUAAAAGGAGUGAGUGUAAACGGUGUGGCCAAAGGAACGGCUAGAGGUGGUGUGCCUCUAGGUAGAGUUGCCGUUUACAAAGUUUGCGAGCCAGCAGGUUGCAACGCAGAAGGUAUUUUAGCUGCAUUUGAUGAUGCUAUAGCCGAUGGAGUCGAUGUUAUAACCAUUUCCAUGGGAGGAGGUGUUACUAAAGUCGAUGUUGACCCUAUAGCUAUUGGAUCAUUUCAUGCCAUGACCAAAGGGAUUGUUACCACGGUAGCUGUAGGGAACGACGGUUCUAAACUUGGACUAGCGUCUAACCUUGCACCAUGGCUCAUAUCCGUGGCUGCAGGUACAACUGAUCGAAGAUUUGUUACUGAUGUGGUUAAUGGAGAUGGCAAGACGCUUCAUGGAAGAUCGAUCAAUGACUUCGACUUAAAGGGAAAGAAGUAUCCUUUGGCAUAUGGAAAAACUGCUUCAAAUAACUGUACAGAGGAGCUAGCACGGGGUUGCGCCAGUGGUUGCCUGAACACGGUGCAGGGAAAGAUCGUUGUGUGCGAUGUUCCAGAUAAUGUUAUGGAACCUAAAUCAAUGGGAGCUGUUGGAGUUAUCCUACAUGUAACUGAUGUUGAUUCUCCGGGUCUUGGUCCAAUUCCGGUCGCAACCUUAGAUGAUACCAACUAUGAUGCAUUCAGAUCUUACGUUCUCUCCUCACCAAACCCACAAGGAACUAUACUGAAGACUGAGACAGUUAAAGACAACAAUGCUCCGAUUGUUGCUUCCUACUCUUCUCGUGGUCCAAACACUCUCUUUAGCGACAUUUUGAAGCCUGAUAUAACAGCUCCAGGAGUGAAUAUCUUAGCAGCAUAUUCACCAUUGGGUCAAACUGCACUUCCUGGACAAAGCGUGGAUUACUAUUUCAUGUCUGGAACAUCUAUGGCUUGCCCUCAUGCCGCGGGUGUAGCUGCAUGUGUCAAGACAUUCCAUCCUGAUUGGUCUGCUUCUGCUGUCAAAUCUGCUAUCAUGACUACUGCUUGGGCGAUGAACGCUUCGAAAAAUGCAGAAGCUGAGUUUGCAUACGGAUCAGGACAUGUUAACCCUACAGCGGCAGUUGAUCCAGGGCUUGUUUACGACAUAGCCAAAGAGGAUUACUUAAACAUGCUCUGCUCUUUGGACUACUCAGCCAAAGGCAUUAGUACUCUCGCCGGUGUAGACUUUACUUGUUCCGAGAAAUCGAAGCUGACCAUGAGAGAUCUCAACUACCCUUCAAUGACAGCCAAAGUUUCAGCUUCUUCAUCAUCCUCAGAUAUCACAUUUUCAAGAACGGUCACCAACGUUGGGAGAAAUAUAUCCACUUACAGAGCAAAACUGACUGGGAACCCUAAACUCAGUAUCACGGUUGAGCCACAGACACUCUCUUUUAAGUCAUCUUGGGAGAAGAAGAGUUUCACUGUUACCGUCUCCGGCAAGAGUCUUGCACAAAUUUCUGGUAUUGUGUCGGCGUCUCUGGUUUGGUCGGAUGGAUCACACAAUGUGAGAAGUCCUAUUGUUGUAUAUACUUAGGUAUCAACACCAAACUAAAAUAAAAAUAAAAGUAAUUGAUGUUAUGGUCCCAAACUAAGUC